AAACAAAACAAUAGCCCAAUUUUAAAUCAUUUUGCCCUAAUUUCCCCAUCUUGUCUGUUUUUUGUCCACGGCAGCUCAAUUCUUCCAUUUCCGAUCUGAUCAUCACUCUACGGACCGUGUUUUCCGGCAACAACUCACCGGAGACUCUAAUUUUCGAAAACCACCGGAAAUUCGUCGGAGGCUAGGGUUUCGUGAUUCUCCGUCGUGGAUUAAGGGAAUCGAGUUACGCAAACCGGUUCAAAAUUCAGUUUCUUAAUCAUCGUUUCAAAUCGAUCGAUCUCAAUUUUUUCGCGAUCUUCGCAAGUGUGAACUUUGGUUUUUGAUUGGCGUAGGGAUGAUUUUUUGCUUGAUCUGUUGAAAUUCCUGCAAUGUCCGGCUUACUUAAUUCUUCUCUGAACGGAUCUACUUCAAAUCUUCCAGACGGUGCUGGGCGGUCUUUUACUACAUCAUUUUCUAGUCAGUCUGGUGCAGCCUCCCCAAUUUAUCAGCACACUGGUGGUAUUCAGGGAUUGCACAACAUGCACGGGAGCUUUAACAUUCCCAACAUGCCCAGUACUCUUACAUCAAGAAACUCAACAAUAAAUAGCAUGCCAACUGGAGCGGUUCAACAACCUGCGUCAAGCCUUUCUAGUGGAAGAUUUACAUCAAAUAAUCUACCUGGUGCUCUGUCACAGCUAUCUCAUGGAAGCUCUCACGGACAAUCUGGAGUCAACAGUAGAGGAGGUAUAAGUGUUGUAGGAAAUCCUGGUUUUAGCAGUAGCUCAAAUGGAGUUGCUGGUUCUAUUCCUGGGAUUCUUCCAACUUCUGCUGCAAUUGGUAACCGUAAUGCUGUUCCAGGAUUGGGAGUAUCCCCAAUUUUGGGAAAUGCAGGUCCUCGGAUAACAAGUUCGAUGGGAAACAUGGUUGCUGGAGGGAACAUUGGGAGGAUAAGCUCUGGAGGAUUGUCCAUUCCGGGUCUUGCUUCACGUCUCAAUUUAAAUGGAAACAGCGGAUCUGUUGGUUUAGGCAUGCAAGGACAAAAUCGAUUGAUGAGCGGUGUGCUUCCACAAGACCUCAUUUUUGAUUCAGGAUCUCCUCAGGUAAUUUCAAUGCUAGGAAAUUCUUAUCCCAGUGCUGGAGGUCCACUUUCACAAAGCCAUAUGCAAGCAGUACAUCACUUGAACUCUAUGGGGAUGUUGAAUGAUUUAAAUUCCAGUGACAGUUCACCCUUCGACCCUAAUGACUUCCCUUCACUAUCAAGUCGUCCUAGUUCUGCUGGGGGCCCUCAAGGACAGUUGGGCUCUUUACGAAAACAGGGUCUUAGUCCUAUUGUACAACAAAACCAAGAGUUUAGCAUUCAAAAUGAAGACUUCCCAGCUUUACCAGGAUUCAAAGGUGGUAAUGGAGAUUUUACUAUGGAUAUGCACCAGAAAGAACAACUUCAUGACAAUGCUAUGUCAAUGAUGCAAUCACAGCAUUUCUCAAUGGGGAGGUCAGCCGGUUUCAAUUUGGGAGGAUCUUAUUCAUCACACCGAGCUCAGCAACAACAGCAGCAGCAUGCUCCAUCUGUCAGUAACAGUGGUGUCUCUUUUUCAUCUGUGAACAAUCAAGAUCUUCAUCUGCACGGGUCGGAUAUUUUUCCGUCUUCAAACUCUACAUAUCAUUCACAGACCAGCGGACCUCCUGGGAUUGGAUUAAGGCCUCUAAAUUCUCCAAAUACUGUUUCUGGUACGGGUUCAUAUGACCAGCUCAUCCAGCAGUAUCAACAACACCAGAACCAGUCCCAAUUUCGCCUUCAGCAAAUGUCAGCUGUAAAUCAGUCCUUUAGGGAUCAUGGCAUGAAGUCUAUGCAAACUGCACAAUCUGCUCCUGAUCCAUUUGGUUUGCUUGGCUUGUUAAGUGUAAUCAGGAUGAGUGAUCCUGAUCUGACAUCUCUUGCUCUUGGAAUCGAUCUUACAACACUUGGGUUGAAUUUGAAUUCUUCAGAAAAUCUUCACAAGACUUUUGGGUCUCCUUGGUCUGAGGAACCAGCUAAAGGUGAUCCAGAGUUUAGUGUGCUUCAAUGUUAUUAUGCUAAACCACCUCCUGCCUUACAUAAAGGAUAUUUUUCGAAGUUUAAUUUGGAAACGUUGUUUUACAUAUUUUACAGCAUGCCCAAAGAUGAAGCACAGCUAUAUGCCGCAGAUGAACUGUACGAACAAAAGUGGUUUUAUCACAAAGAGCAUCGCAUGUGGUACAUAAGAGUUCCCAACGUGGAGCCGCUUGUCAAAACACCCACAUACGAGAGAGGAUCUUAUCAUUGUUUUGAUCCAAACACUUUUGAAACAGUCCGGAGGGAUAAUUUUGUUCUUCAUUAUGAACAUGUGGAAAAGAGACCGUCUUUGCCACAACAUUGACGAGUGGACAAAAAACCUUCACUGUAAAGCUUUUUAUGUAUGAAUAUAAUUUGUUAUUAUGGAAGCCAUUUUAUUUAAGUAUUAGUGUAACUUCAAUAUGUUGUUUCUUUUAGAUUUUAUUAAAUCUCGAUUCACCGAGAGCUGUUAUCUCAUGGCCCAAAUAUGAAUUGUAGUUAUUAGAGUAGACGCCAGGUUAACCUAACCUAGCUGUUCCUGUUUGUCAAAUGCACCAUAUAUAUCUGAAUACAUAAAUAAAGUUAUGUUAGUAUGCA